ACCCAGCCCGAACCAGACCGCUCUGCCUCCCGCAGCUCCACCCUGCCCGAGCUCCCCUCACCCCCGCAAGCCGCCUCGCCGGCGACCCCACACCUCCGCCGCGCCCCGCCGCCGGAGCUCCGGCCGCUCCGCCGCCUCGCCCCUCUCCUCCUUCCUCUUGAUCUCCUCUCACCUCUGUCUCUCUUUCUCGCUGAACAGGGACCUCCAGGAGGGCCAUGGCGCCACCAGCCUUCAAUCUCGCCGGAUCCGGCCGCCUGCACGCCAAGUCCGCCGGAAAUGGAUCCGUCCCGUCCAGAUCCGGCCGGAUCCGACCGAGCCCCGCCAUCCUCGCCACUGGAGCACCUCCCCGCUCGACCAACAGCGCCGGCGCUGUCUGUCCCUGCCCGCGUCUGCACGAGGACGACGCUCAUCCUGCUGGCUUGCAGCACUCGUAUGGGCCGCCGCCCCAGCCGUCCCGGCAUCAAGCCAAGGCCCAUCCCAAGCCACAUCUUCUGCCGCUCCGUCACCGCCCACCUUGAGAUCAGCCCCGACGCCACCACCAUCUUCAGAUGCCUCCUUACAUGUGUGAUCGAGAAGCAAGGUCAAGUAUGAGCAGGCUGUCAGCGUGCAGUGGUCGGAGAUGCCGUCGCAACUUACAUGUCGCAUCCGUCGGCUCCAUGCUAAGAUUACGAGGCUCUAUGUCUGUAUCGUGGUGUUCCAGUAGUAAACUUUCAGGCUGGUUAUAUAGGGGAUGGAGAUGAUGUAUACUACCUAACAGCCAUCGAGUAAUAAAAGGAGAUGGAUUGAACUACAUGAUUUAUGCCAUGGGAAUGAUGAAAAAUCUUUAGGUGAGGAUGUUGAAUA